AUGUUUUACCACAUGACAAGAUGUCCUGACUCAGGUCCCAUCAAAUUGCUUCUGGCCCAUAAAGACAUCAAGUACACCGACGCCCCAAUCAAACAUUCUGAGUGGCCCCUGAAGCGCGAAGAGAUCAUCACAUCCCGAGUGCCAGCGCUACGUAUCCAGUACCCGGAUGGCCGACUCCAGUGGAUGACCGAAUCAAAGGCCAUUCUCCGUUGUCUUGGUAUGCAAUACGGUUUGCUUGGACGCAACGACAUGGAAAUGUACCACUGCGAUCGCAUUAUUGGAAAGAUUAUCGAAUCGGACAGAUUAUUGAAGGUUUUCUACAAGAAUAGAAAGUUCCACGACAACGAUAUCAAGGAGUAUAAAGAAAACGUAAUUUCCGGGAUCACGCACAUUCUCGAGAGCAUCGACCGCAUGUUGAAAGACGCCCCAGGAGAAUAUGCGGCUGCUGAUAUCAUCACGAUUGCUGACUUCUACCUUCUCGAUUUCAUAGACUUUCUCAGAGCCAAUAAACCGGAUUGCUUGAAACCAUAUCCAUACAUCGAGAGAUGGCGUAAGCAUUUGAUGCAAACCGACCAACUAGUUGCCAAGUUUGUGGUUUCACGCAGCUGGGAAAUUCUUUAA